GCGCGCAGCGUGGCCGCCGCCGCCAGUCCCGCCGAGGCAUCCCGCGCCGCACCGGGCCUGGCUGGGCUGGGGGCGCCGUUGCGACAGCCGGGAGGGGAGGCAGGGCCCAGGACGCGAGGUGGCGACAAGUCGCGUUUGGCCCCAGGGGCUGUGGGGUCACCUUUUCCUCUCUCCUGCCACCCCAAGGCAUCUGCAUUGUGUGUUAUGCAAUGAGAGAGCACCUUGGCCUGGACCUCAAGCAACCCAGACCCACGUUCUAGUUCUGCCUUUGUCAUGUCCUAGAGCAAUGGUCUCAGAUCACUCCCUGGUGCCACAGCAGCUGAGUGUGCCUCGAAUCUGAAGAAAAUCUACACGGUACAAACAGUGCAGAUAUUCUGGAGCGUGUACAAUAACAUCCCUCCUGUGACCAGCUUGCCUUUGAGAUGCAGUUAUCACUUAAUGAGAGGAGAGAGACGACCACUUUGGGAGGAGGAGAGUAAUGCAAAGGGUGGCGUGUGGAAGAUGAAAGUUCCCAAGGACAGCACGUCUACAGUUUGGAAAGAAUUGUUGUUAGCGACCAUUGGGGAACAAUUCACAGACUGUGCUGCAGCAGAUGACGAGAUUAUAGGAGUCAGCGUGAGCGUUCGGGACCGAGAGGAUGUCGUCCAGGUCUGGAAUGUCAACGCCUCACUAGUGGGAGAAGCUACUGUACUGGAAAAGAUCCACCAACUCCUGCCCCACAUAUCUUUUAAAGCAGUGUUUUAUAAACCCCAUGAAGAGCAUCAUGCUUUUGAAGGUGGACGUGGAAAACACUAAUUGCACUCUGUAAAGAAUUCUUUGUCCUUUGCUGAUUGGUUUUGGAAACGGUCUUAACAGGAGGGAGAGUGAAGAGAAGACUUGCCGAAGCCCGAUGCUGGUCCAUUUAGAGUGGGUUUCUGUCCUUGCAGUCUGGGCGAUUAGGACUCAAAGUGGCAGGUGGGGUUGGGGAAGAAUGUGCGGGUUUCUGCCAUCAUAUCACUUGCUUUAAAAAGAAAAGAAAAGGAAGGAAGGAAGGAAGGAAGGAAGGAAGGAAGGAAGGAAGGAAGGAAGAAAAAACUUUUUUUUUAAAGCUUUCCAAAUUCUCUGGGUUUUUUGCACUCCUCCCCUCCCCAUAAGAUUCCGUAUUCAGGGUAAUUAUUGUUUUCUGCACACCCUUUCAUUGAGGCAUAAGAAUUGGGUUUCCCCUUCAGUGACUACUGUACCUUGUUAAGGAACAUCUGCAUAAUCGCCACAGGGCUGCCUGUGAAGCCACAGGGCACCGGGAGGAAGCCUAGCCUAGCAAACCCCCUUUUCUGAUAAAUUGUUGUGACACUUCCCUGCAUACUGUGAGCUGGGCAUUGUUUCUUUUGUGUGUGUUCCAUAGAAAGCAUACUCACUGACAGCACACACAUCUUAAAGCCCCUUUAAAAAGCAGUAUAAGGAAAAGAAAUUGUUGGUUUGCCUAAAGUGAAAACUUUCAUCACAAUUGGGGGUCAGGCUCCAAAUCAAACUCUAGACUUUUGGGGCUAACGGUGCAAGUAUUUCUAACCAGAAUCCCAUAUCUGACCUUUUCAACAAAAGCCCCGUGAUUUGUCCUGAGAGGAAGCCUUAUAUAUCUGAUUUAUAGAGGAGGCGGUGCGUAUUACUUGUAAGGCAUAGAGCUUCUUCAAAGUUGCAGCAUGUUUACCCAAACCAAUUCUCACAUCUUUUGUUAAGUGAGCCCUCUGUCCUGCCCGUGUCACGUGUUCUUUCUGAAAACCUGAAGGCCUUACAGACAGCAUAAGCGUCUUCCCCCUUCAUCUGCACACUAUUGCAGGAAGCACCUAGCCAUUCACACAGCUGCCCUUGAGUGCAUCUCAUUCCUAUGGACUGUGUUAUUAGAUAUUGGAUUAUACUACCAAAGAGAUAUUGGUUUCAGUAGAAGAAGAAAACCUUUCAGAGUAUCACUGCUUCUCCCGGACGCUCCAGCUUUGCCCCACCCCCUGGGAAUUUUCUUUCAGAAAGGGCUGCUCUCCUAGUGACUUGGAUUUAGAGCCACAGACCAGUGUGCAGCUUCUAUACGUCUCAAAAGGGCAAAUUUUCAAUUCCCCCUGCACUGUGGGAAGGAGAGGUGGGGUUACUUAAAGCCUUCUGCAUGCAUUUGUAAAUAAAAUUUCCCCUUCAGAUAGUUCAGAUGGCUCUCAGUAGCAUCUGUUUAUAAAAGUCAUGGCCUCCACUUACAUUGCUAAACAUGCAGCCAAAAGAAUUAGCAGUCAGAAUUUAAGAGGUACUUCUUUUCCAAGCUUAGUCUUUUAACAGUUUCACUCAUAAGGGUGUUGGAUCCUUCUAGAAAAAAAUCCCAGGACGUGUUUGUCUAAAUGACGUGCAUUUCUCUGAACAGUUUCUAAACUCGUUUUAAAACUAUAACUCAAGGAUUUAAAAGCUUAUUCUAGACACGAAAUUCCUUUUUAUAAUAUUAGUAUUUUUCUGACAGAUUAGCACAAAGGAUAUAAUUGACUUCAAUAUUAUAAUUGUCAUAUAUAUAUAUUUCCAUAAGUAAAUAAAUUUUGAGAAAUUUUUAUUUUUGAACUUUAUUUAAAGCAUUUGUGAUAAGAUGUUCAAUUUUUGCAUGUAUGUAGCUUUUGAAGUAAAAAUAAAGUAAAAUAAAUAGGAACGCUAGGCUCAUGUAAUGCUUUCGGGUUUCUAUUGUUUAUGAACACAAAACAUGACA